UCGCUACGACCGUCCCGGCUCCCGGCGCUUCCGGACGCGGCGGCUCCCGGGACAACGCGAAGCCCCGUAUUUCGUGCCCCGCGGCAGGCCCGGCGUCCCCUGAGGGCGUCGCGAGCGGGAACUCGCCUGCAGCGCCGCACAGCUGCGGAGGGCCGCCAUUUUCUGAGCUUUUGCGCCGUUCGGCCGACCGAGGAACGACAGGAGGAGGAGGAGGAGGAAGGCCCGGCGCUCCCGCGCGGCCCGCCAUGCAGCGGCCCCUCCCCGCGAUGCGCCUGUGAGAGCCGCGCGCCCAGCAAAGGUGGGGGGCUCCCCCGAGGCCACGGAGGCGCCGGGGGCGGCGGCGGCUGCAGCGGGACCCUCCCGGGAGAGAGCCGGCGGCGGCGGAGCAUCGGCGGGCAUGCUGCAGAACGUGAACCCCAACGGCAAGCUGCUGGGCGAGGGCAAUGCCGGCCUGGUGGGCCUGGCGGUGGAGUCGACGCCGGGCAAGCGGAUCCGCAAGCCGUCCCUGCUCUACGAGGGCUUCGAGAGCCCCACCAUGGCCUCCGUCCCGGCCCUGCAGCAGCAGCAGCUGUCGCAGGCCGUCCCGGCUCCUCCCGAAGUCACCAACCCCAAGAAGCCCGGCCGGGUCACCAACCAGCUCCAGUACCUGCACAAAGUGGUGAUGAAAGCCCUCUGGAAGCACCAGUUCGCCUGGCCUUUCCGCCAGCCGGUGGACGCCCUCAAGCUGGGGCUCCCGGACUACCACAAGAUCAUCAAGCAGCCGAUGGACAUGGGCACCAUCAAGCGGCGCCUGGAGAACAGCUACUACUGGAGUUCGGCCGAAUGCAUGCAGGACUUCAACACCAUGUUCACCAACUGCUACAUCUACAACAAGCCCACAGACGAUAUUGUGCUGAUGGCCCAGACGCUGGAGAAGAUCUUUCUGCAGAAAGUGGCCCAGAUGCCUCAGGAGGAGCAGGAGAUUGUCAUCACGGUGGCCAAGAACAGCCACAAGAAGGGAGCCUCUCGGGCAGCAGCCCUCCUGGCCGCAGCCAAUGCCGCCGCCCAGCAAGUUCCGGCCAUCUCUUCGGUGUCCCACACCGGGUUGUUCUCCAGCAGCACAGACAUCCCUACCACCAUCAUCAGCAUCCCCCACCCCUCCGUCAUCUCCACCCCUCUCCUCAAGCCACUGCACUCCACCGCGGCCUCCCAGCCGCUGCUGGCUGUCCCUGCGCCCACGCACCCGGUGACCAAGAAAAAAGGCGUCAAGCGGAAAGCGGACACCACGACUCCCACCCCCACAGCCAUCAUUGCCACCAGCGGGGGAGAGUCUUCCCCCUCCGCUGCCAUCUUGGAGACCAAGGCAGCCAAGAUUCCCGCCCGGAGGGAGAGCGGGCGCCCCAUCAAGCCUCCCCGCAAAGACCUGCCGGAUUCGCAGCAGCACCAGACGUCCAAGCGAGGCAAGCUCUCGGAGCAGCUCAAGUACUGCAACGGCAUCCUCAAGGAGCUCGUCUCCAAGAAGCACGCGGCCUACGCUUGGCCCUUCUACAAGCCCGUCGACGCUUCCGCGCUGGGUCUCCACGACUACCAUGAGAUUAUCAAGCACCCGAUGGAUCUCAGCAGCGUUAAGCGCAAGAUGGAGAACCGGGAGUACCACGAUGCGCAGGAGUUUGCCUCCGACCUGCGGCUGAUGUUCUCCAACUGCUACAAGUACAACCCUCCUGACCACGAUGUGGUGGCCAUGGCCCGCAAGCUGCAGGACGUCUUUGAAUUCAGCUACGCCAAGAUGCCUGAUGAGCCUCUCAACAUCAGCCCCCCCUCAACCUCACUCCCGCAGCCGGGUCUUCUGAUGAAGUCCUCCACAGAUGACUCCUCCAGCGACGAGGAGGAAGAGGAUGACGACGAAGAGGGGGACGACGACGAAGAGGGAGAUGAAGAUGAGAGCAGCAGCGAGAGCUCCUCGGAUUCCGAGGAGGAGAGUUCGGACUCCGAAGAGGAGCGGGCCAAUCGGCUGGCUGAGCUGCAGGAACAGUUGCGGGCAGUGCACGAGCAGCUGGCCGCCCUCUCCCAGGGGCCGGUUUCCAAGCCCAAGAAGAAGCGCGACAAGAAGGAGAAGAAGAAGAAGAAAAAGUCGGACAAGCGCAAAGCCAAAACGGGAGACGAGGAGGGCCGCGCUCACCCGGCCCAGCUGAAGAAGUCGAAGAAGGCCGGCGGAGGCGGCGGGAGCAGCGGCGGGAGCAAGAACACCAAGAAGUCGGUCCCCAAGGCGGUGGUGGCUCCCCCGAUGCCCGUGCUCUUUGACUCGGAGGAGGAGGAGGAGAGCAAGCCCAUGAGCUACGACGAGAAGCGCCAGCUCAGCCUGGACAUCAACAAGCUGCCCGGGGAGAAGCUGGGCCGGGUGGUGCACAUUAUCCAGUCGCGGGAGCCCUCCCUGAGGGACUCCAACCCGGAGGAGAUCGAGAUCGACUUCGAAACCCUCAAGGCCUCCACGCUGCGGGAGCUGGAGCACUACGUCCUCUCCUGCCUGCGCAAGAAGCCUCGGAAGCCCUACAGCGAGACCCUGAAGAAGCCGGUGGGCAAGACGAAGGAGGAGCUGGCCCUGGAGAAGAAGCGCGAGCUGGAGAGGCGCUUGCAGGAUGUCAGCGGGCAGCUGAACUCGGCCAAGAAGCCGCCCAAGAAAGCCAAUGAGAAACCGGAGUCUGCCCAGCAGCUGCCCAUCUCCCGCCUGAGUGCCAGCAGCUCCAGCUCCGACUCCAGCAGCUCCAGCUCCUCCUCCUCUUCCUCGGACACAAGCGACUCGGACUCCAGCUAGGCGGCCGCGGGGGCGAGCGAGGAGAGACGGGACGGCGGGAGGGAGGCGCCGGAAGAGGAGGCCGGUUCCGCAGGAUCGGAACCCGGAAGAGCGGGACGAGCGAGGGGCUUCCCCCCCCCCCCGGGGGGGGUGUCAGCGUUGGGAAGGCUCGGCCGCUGGCUCCCCUCUCCUCCCCACUGGACCGCGGUGGGGGCGACAGCUGGUCCCCCACCCUGUUUGUGCUUCGGUUGGAGGGGGGGGCGCUGGGACUGUGUACAGGUUGUUCUAGGAGGGGAGGCCGCCUUGAACUCCAAAGCCUUUGUGUAGUUUUUAUCCGGCAUUUAGCGAGUUUUGAGUUUGGUGACGCUCUUUCUCCGGAGAGACAGAAGACAUGGCCUGGGGUGGGGUGCGCUUUCCCC